AUGCUAAUACGACACCACCUAUUUCUUGUUUUUCUUCUCACUCUAAUAUUCAAAUUUUCGCGCCAAUUUUCCGAAGAAACAGUCAAGUUUUCGAUUGCGGAAGGUAAAUUAUAA